UUAGCUGUUGUGGUGCCAGCCGGUAGAGCCGUUCGCUUCMAUAGUUGUUAUUAAGCUGGUUUGUGCCAAAGUAACCCCAAAGUAGCCCCAAAAUCUUGUGUUUAAACUYAAAUUUUGGUUGAACUGAAGGUCUGUUUAUAUUUUAACCGACAGUCCUUGCGUGCAGACUGUUUGUUUAAUUACUUGAGAGAGAAUUGUUUGUUCUGAAAGCGUAUAAUUUUCCCCAAKAUAACAAGGAAGCCAUUACAGGGCUGUAUCCUGGCUGACGUUUGCUUUACGCUGUGUUAAUCGCAAAAGUCGUUCCAAGAUAUAAAUUUUGAAACAAAACGGAUCUGAGCUAAGUAAACAACUAAGAUUCUUUGAACAGAGACUACUUCAAGUCUGCGUCACUGGCACUUUCAAGAGCAAAAGGUUAAUAASUUCAAAAAAUAACACUUAUAUUCUACAUAAAAGAAGAAAACGGCAACGAUAAAUGUUUGGAUAGGUGUUUGCAGACAAUGGAAAGAAGGRRACCUUCCUGGCAACAACUUUGUAUCCUUUUGGUUGCUKCGGUUUCAGCUGCGACAGUCGACGGUGCAUGCAGGUCAAGUUGGAGUGACGGACUUACGACAUGUAUAAAAGCAUUUCAAGUAAAGCGAACUUGGGAAAAAGCAAGUGUUUAUUGCAAAGAACGCAAUGCAAACCUGAUUGACCUUAAAGGCGAAUUGGCCAAAAUCACUGAAUUAAAGAAACUAAUAAGCCUCGCUUAUAACGAGCACUAUUUUGUUGGAGGAAAAAAAACACAAAGUUUCGUUUCCGGUUCCUCGUCUUCAUUCAAAUGGCGUGAUGGAACAACAGUUGAUCCAUCUCUUAUUCAUUCACCUUCUGGUACUUAUCUUCACAUAAAGCCAUGGGAGAACAGCUUAUCGCUAUUUUCAACCGAUGGCCGUCAUGAAGCAUACUUUAUAUGCCAGUACAGCAAAGUUUCAAUGAAGCUAUCAACGUCUCCGUCUUCGUCAKUAAAGCUCCUGACAUUAACAACAUCAACACCAUUGUCUCAAACAACAGAAGUAACAUCAUCAUCAUCAACAACAACAUCACAAACUCCUUUGACAUCUCCCUCGUUGCAGGUAUCACCUUUACCAUCAACAAAAUUACCAUCAUCGCCAGCACCACAAUCAUCUCCAGCAUCAUCGUYGACAUCACAAUCACCACUAGCAUCAUYARCACCRUCAUYACCGUCCCAAACUCCAUCGCCAUCUUCAUCAUUGAACGUAUCACCUUUACCAUCAACAAAAUUGCCAUCAUCACUAWCACCGCAAUCAUCUCCAAUAGCAUYGUCGACACCACUAGCAUCAUYAGCACCCACAUCACCGUCCCAAACUCCAUUGCCAUCUUCAUCAUUGAAGUUAUCAUCUUCACCAUCAACAACAUCAUCAUCAUCUUACACAUCAUCAUCACUAUCACAGCUAUCAACGUCAGUUUCAUCGCAUCCAAUCGCAACAUCCGAUAAGGAACUAGUCCCCAGUCCCUCCUCCACACUACCAUCACCGACGUCAUCGAGCUUYGUAAACAAUGGUGACCAAGGCGUUAUUCUGGAAAAUAGCCUGAUUGCAAAGUUUAGGAAAGAUGUUGCAAAGCUGAAUGUCAAUGAAUCGUCAUCACUGAAGGAGUGUCUCAACAUGACACAAAAACUGCUUGAUGAUUUGGAAGCCAUCACCCMUCUUAAUGAAAAYCCGUUAUUGGCAAGUAGAGAUGUUGAGGACUUCGCUCUUCGAUACGCUGGACAUCAACUGAAAMAGAAGGAAAUAUUGAUCAAAAGAAAAAGCGUUGUUCUUCUGGCCACAAAUGUUCGCAACGUUCAUGAAGAUUUCAUGUUCACAGUUCCAGAAAAGACAAAAACCAGUAAACCAACGAAKAUAAUAAUACCCUCAGAAAACUUCAUCCAAAAUGAUACGUCUGUUGUCGUGAUAUACUUCACAACCCUGGAUCGUCUAGUGAAGAACUUCAAACAAAAUGGCAGGGAUUCUAUUGGCUCUGACGUUCUYGUUGCUGCUGUGCGACCCAGCAUGYUUUCGUUGRUAAAAAAUAUUACAUUGGGUUUUAAGGUUGGURAGCUUGUUCUAAUGCAACAUUAAAUCUUUCGGGRUUUAUUAGA